AUGAGUCACUUGUCUUUGUCUAAGGAUGCUAAGACAGGUCCUGAGGUCCAGAAAGACACGAUCUCCACAUCCUUGUUGAGAUCCAAAGUUGUCCAUGAUUUAAGUCCAAGAGACAAGGAGAUUUUAAACCCAAAGGAAGAAGAGCCAUCAAGCCAAGGUGUUGUAACAGGAAUUAAAGAGCAUGAAUUCAAAGGAGAGGAGCCACCAGGCGCCACACUAGUGAUGAGCCAGGAGAAGGUUCAAGACACAAUGCAGUCCAUGUUGCUUAGAGAAGCAAAACCAGUAAAUAAAGUAUCAAACCAAGAGAGUAAAAAUGAAAGCUAUUUGCUUACUGAAGUUCCAAGGAAAGAACCAGACCAUAAGCCCAGCCAUGAACCACCUCACAAGUGGAAUUCUAGUGUUGAACAAUGUGUUCACAUGCCAAGGCUUAAGGUAAUCUUCUCUGAUCUUAAAACGUCCAAGACACUUGAUUAUCCAGAUAUAAUGCACUUGUCUUUGCCAAAAAGUUUUGAUCCAGGAAUAAAAGAUGAAGUUCAUAACCACCAAGGUCAAAAGAUGCAAAGAAGGCAGCAAACCAGAACAAGUUGUCCAAAGAAGAAAAUCAUUCUUCAACUUGUGGAAGCUAUCAAAGUAAGUCUGGAAAUCUCAAAUUAUUUUUAUCAGUGUCCAAACACAGAUAUAAUGCACUUGAUUGUUGUCCAGAAUGUUGAGAAAUUUUCAGGUUGCAAAGGAGAAAGCUUCAAAGAAAUCCCACCGGAUAAUCUCUUGUUGCUAGGAGAAUCAAACCCAAAGAUGGCCAGAACUGAGCCUACUAGAAGUAUGAAGGACCACCCACUGAAGGAGAUAAGCAAUGCCAGAGUCCAUAGCAGAGGCGUGAUCCUAUCCUAUUUGCUGAAAGAAGAGCCACCUGAUGCACAAUCCAUCCCCAAACCGAAACAAUAUCAAGGUAAGACCUUAGAAUCUCAAAAGAGUAUGAAAGCUGACUUGCUCUAUCUUGGUGCAGGUUAUACAGUUUCGAGGACGAAAACUUUUCAAGGGGGAGGAAAUGUUGCAGCCAGCAAUUCAGCAGCUGAACCAGAGGUCGACCCAACACCCUACUCAACCAGCCAAGGCGCCAACCAGGAUAUACGUGCACUAAAAAUGCCAUAUCUUACAAACCAGGAGGGUUUAAAUCACGAAUCUAAUUUUUAUGGAUUAUACACUCAAGAAGGAGUCCAGGCCAAUUGUAAUUGGGCCAAUAUAUUCACGGAGCAAGAAGUUAUGAAUUUUACAAUUCAGAGGUUUCUCAACCCGUCCAUCUGCGAGUACCCGACUUUAGAAGAAGAUUCAAGCUCAAUUAAGGAGCGGCCUGAAGCAAAGCCCAUCAUAGGAGUCAAGAGGAGUUUAUCAGCUUUCCAGAAAGCCCAAGAUCAGGAGAAAUGGCCACGGAAAUUAGGAGUUAUGAUCAAUUCCCCAGAACUGGCCAGGAAACGUUAG